AUGCUUAAAUUUCCCGUGUCAAAGAUUGAGGCUCGAGCUGGCGCUCAUCGCCCCACUGUACCUACCCAGGCUGAUGAACGAACAAUCCCUAAAGAGCCGGACAGAAACGACUUCAUCCAUCUACAAUUGAUUCUACAAUGCGCAAACGCCUAUAUCAUUGGUUACGGCAUGGAUUAUGAACUCGCCAUUCACAUCGACCAUCAUCGCCCAGAAGCUGGGGAGUUUCCGGGACUUCAGCAUUCUCGGGCGACUUUCACACAGUCAAUGGCGGUGCUCAACUUCACUCUGAGCGAAGAGGGCGUCUCUGGCUUCCGAGAUGCCCUCAUCUGCCUCAACAAGUUUAGCGACGAUGUGUCCCUCGAGGCGCGCAAGGAUUCUUUCAUUUUGAGCACAUUGAACAACUCCAAGUCGGCCUAUGCGAGCUUCAAAUUCACCACCCAUCGCUUCUUUUCACGCUACAACUACCAAGGCACCGGCCCGGCCAAGGAGCGCUUCCACUGCAACAUCCGCUCGGCGGCCGCCGACAGCCAGAGGGAUCGCGAUGCGGAAAAGCAGACUCUGAUUGACCGCUGCGACGUCACCAUUGAAGACGGCCAGGGCGUCAAGAGCCGAUUCGUUGCCCGCAUCGUCUUCCGAACAGGCCUCACGUCUACUCACCGCCUGAUUUUUGAGACUGGCGUCCCGGUGCACGCCAAGUUCAGCAAGACGGACGCGCCGCACCACUGGUCCAUAAGCUCCCGCACGCUACGGCAGCUCAUGGACCACUUUGGCCCGGGGAUCGACUAUCUCGACAUCAACACUGACGGUGACCGUGUCAAUUUUACAUGUUUCAGCGAAAAGACUGUGAGCGAAGAUGCCGUGUUAAAAAAACCACUCCAGACCUCGAUUGCGGUUGAAGCAGAUGAAUUCGACGAUAUUGAAGUCGAAGACAAGCUCCAUAUUGUCAUCUCGGUCAAAGAUUUCCGCGCCAUUAUUCAGCAUGCUGGCAUUGGAGGAUCUGCUCUCUCAGCCCGCUACUCGCUCCCAGCUCGCCCGAUUCAAUUCUCCUACGCCGGAGAUGCAUUGUCAUGUGAAUUCCUCAUCAUGACCGUCGGAGAACGAGGAAGCAAUCCUGCCCAAAAGACGAAGAAGGGGCGCAAGUCGGCUCCAGCAAACAAUGCGCCGCGACUCGAGGCCACAUCUCGCAAGACGAGCGUCACGGCAUCUGAAGCCCCGGCGCCACAUCCAGAGACGGCACAGCCGCCAAUGCAGGCUUCGGCCAGGGUACCGCCACCCUCUGCUUCUCGACCCGUGGGCACUAUUAGAGCCAGUGUCUCGCGCAUGUCCGCCUUUGAUCUCCGACCCUCGCAGAAACCGCCGCCGCCGACAUUACGAUCCGAGAGCCUGUUUGUCGACGACGAGGGCUGGGAGCCAGUCAGGGACGAGGACGAGGAUGGGGAAGAGAAUGCACAGCUUGGAUGGGACCACAGUGCCGAUCCCGAUCCAAUCUCAACGCAUUCCUUUAUGCACAUAAGCAGGGCGGAUCCUACGCCCUUUGCAGACGAGCAAAGCAACCCUCCUGCAGAGCCAUCUACUGUCCUCGAACCGACGCAAAAGUUGGCCGACGUAGAGAAUCUUGCGCUAUUCCCUGACUGA